GGCUCUGCCUCAAUCUCGUUGGCAGGUAGGUCCUCAGAAGCAAAAUGUUCAAGAGCCGUCUGCUUGCCAGGACAACAGUCUCGGGCCCGUGCAGGCUUCCCCGGGCAGUGCGCUCCAAGGGGGAGAUGUCCGGACGUGCAAGCUCGGAGUCUGGCCAGAGCAGCCGGCAGCCAGACCGACGAUGCUUCUCGUCGAGAGUUCCCCCGAGCCGCUGGAAGUUCUCGGAGACGCCCUACCAGGUGCUCGGGGUCGACAAGCACGCCAAGCUGCCCGAGAUCAAGAAGAAAUAUUAUCAGCUCUCCAUGACCUUCCAUCCAGACCGCUCGGCUCAAAAGUCUGAGGCCGCCAAAAAGCAAGCACACGACCAGUUCAUCAAAAUCCAGCAAGCUUACGACUUGCUCUCGGACCGCCUAAACCGAAGCGACUACGACCUGUACGGCGGCAGCCCCACCGGGACGUCGUCCUCCACCACAUGGACGCCUCCGCCAUAUGAUCCGUUCCAGGCCAACCCGGGUCAGUCGUGGGAGCAGUGGGACGUCAAUGCUGGUCCUGGAUCGCAAUACAAUCAAGACUCUGGCUUGUUGCGUAUGUUCUCGCCCCUCAUCACCGUUGGUGCGCUCCUGCUGGUCUCUGGAUAUAUCGUAAAGUGGUACAUCGACCACAUGUCUGAGACAAGACGCCGAAUGGCGUGGGCCCGCUUCCAUCACGUCAAGUCCAAGGAGGGGCUGCAAGACGUUGUCUCGAGAGAGCCGCCGCCGAAUUGACCCACCCGAGUAUCUCGGUUUACAGCGCACAUACGACACCUCCUAUAAGUACUUGAUGUUCCAACUGAAGACUUGUAGCGAUUGACUUGCAGUCGUCAAGACAGUUCUUGCAGCUUACCGCCACGGUGGCUCGCGUCCAGAGGGCUGGUUCUUCUUGAACAACCUCAUUGUGAACACUUCCAGUCGAUUUCUAUUGAUGCCGAUAUACAUUUCCACUCGCUCACAUCUGCCGUCAGUCAGAGCGAAUCGUGGUUGGAUACUGUAGUGGACAAGCUGCUCUUAUGUAUCUCAAAGCAGAGAUUGCUCGUGAGUAACAGCCAAUCCAAUAAAAACAGGUUUGGUCGUUGCUGAA